AUGUCCCUCUCCCACUGCUCGGAGGUGGUCGUCGGCGGCGGCUGGUCCGGUGUGUACUGGGCGUGGCGGCGGCUCGACCAGCCCGGCUACGACGCGUCCGGCCUCUGCCUGCUGGAGGCGAGUGGCCGACUCGGCGGCCGCACCUACUCGGUCCGGGACCUGGCGCUCGGCGGUCACAAUUUCACGCUCGACGUCGGCGCGUACCGCUUCUCUCCCGACAUGCACCUGCCGGGCGACGUGAUCCUGAAGCUGGCACUGCCGACUGCUUGCUACGAGCCCGGCUGCCCGUCGGCCAAGAAGGACAUGCCCAAGCCCUUCCAAUUCAACUACUCUGCCCCUCUUCGGCGCAUCAUUGACCCGGCGACAGGUCUCCCGGCCGGCUACGCGACCGCACUCGAGGCGAUGGCGCGCGAGAUCGCCGCUGCCGGAGCAACUGUCACGCUCGGCGCUGAGCUGGUCGGGAUCGAGCCUCGCGGAGGGGCGGCCGAUGGGGCGGCUGCGGGCGCGCCCGCGCUGCGCAUCAAGUCCGCGGCGGGCGGCGCCACCCGGACCGAGCGGAUCGAGCCUGCUGUCGUCAUGCUCAACGUCCCGCGUGCGCGGCUCCUGCCACUGCCCGGCGUCGCCAGCCUUCUCGGCGGGCGCGUCAAGUCGGCGCUGUCGUGCAUCCGAUUCGACUCGCCAAAGGGCGCGGGGUGGAAGAUUUUUUCGCGCUUCCACUCUGGCAACGGCACCACCGCCCUCUCCAAGGCCUACCUCGGGUACGAGUCCGCCUGGUGGCGCUCGCCCGCCGUCAACCUCACCGAGGGAGAGUACCCGCAGAACGCUUUCUUCCCCAUCGCAACCUCGAAGGGACCACGCUGGAGCUGGCGCUGGUCGGACGGCCGUGGCGUCCCCAUCGGCGUGCGCUGGUCGGACGGGCCCGUGCGCUGCGCGGCGGGUGCCGCGGAACGCGGCGCGGCGGGCGGCGCGGAGCGGGAGUGCGCGGGUUUCCUCGAGAUCUUCUACUCGGUCUCCAACGAGACGCUCUUCCGCUCCGUCUCUCGCGCGCCCGUCGACCCGCUCGGCGUCGCCACGCGCGCCACCGCCGGCGCGACCCUCGACUUGGUGCACGAGGCGCUGCUCGAGGCGAUCUCGCCGCUCCUGACCGCGCGCGGAGUCAAGGCGGCGUCGCUGCCGAAGCCGUCCCUCCUCGCGGUGGGCGUCUGGACGCGGCCGGACGCAAAGGAGCCGCUUGGCCCUCCCGUCGGGUACACCGCGCCGACAAAGGUCUACUACGCGCCGGAGGUGUCCGGCUCGCUCGGCGCGGCGUGCGGCGUGUCCGGCCUCAGCGAGGGCGAGUACCGGCUCGCGGCGCUGCAGCCGCUCGGACCUGGUGCGCCGCUCUACAUGGCCAACAAUGACUGGGUCGUCUCCGAGACAAGGUACAUGUACGGCGAUUGGGCGGAGGAGUCGCUGCUGCAGGCGGAGCGGGCGCUGCGCGUCGCCGGCCAGCCUCGGCCCGCGUGGCUCGAUGCCGACUAUUACGAGCAGCGGGUCGCAUCGGUCCUCGGGGCUGACCGUCGGGCCGCGGGUCUCGAGCUGACCGGCCUCGCCGCGGCGUGAAGGAGGAGAAGGCAGCAAGAUAGAGCCGCUCUCUGCUCUCACAGGGGCUUGGAAGUGUGCUUCGUUGCCGGGCUCUGGGGUGUCCUCGUCAGGAGUCUCUCUCCCGGCUCAGCUCUCUCACGUCUCAGCCCACACUGAGGCCGUGAGACGCUUUUUCCCCAGGCUGAGACGCCCACGUGUUGUACUAUUGACGCUCUUUGUUUU